AGCUCAAGUGAUUCAUAGUGAAACGCUGUUAAAGACUGAAGGUUCUGGGCUGGGUCCUCUUCCCCUGAGCUGGAGGGGUUGUGGCUGGGGAUGGGGGCUUCCAUGCCAUCCAAAGUCUGCUGGCCCUGACUGACAUACUCCAGAGCUGCUUUGCUGAGGCAUGGAGGCGAAAGACGUUCCGAAGGCUGAAGACAGAGCUGGGGAUCCAGGUUCCAAAAAUAAAGGCCAGCCCGAUGUUGCUCAGCCUGACUUCCCACGAGGAGGGCAGACCCCUGGCCCCACCACCCUCUGGGAGAUGCUAGAAAAGAAGUUUCUGGAGUACCAGCAGCAGGCGUAUAGGAGCCCUGCUGAACGUCAGAAGGGCCUGUUGAAUCUUCUCCCGCUCUUCCUAAAGGCCUGGGAACACUCUGUGGGGAUCAUCUGCUUUCCCAGUCUCGCGAAGCUGGCUGAAGAUGUUUCCAACCAGCUUGCCCAAGAAAUACAAAAGGUCCUGGUGGGAAAGCCUGCAGAACAAGCACGGGUGGCAGCUGGGCAAUUUCUGCGAUGGAAGGGGGACACAGACCAGGAUGGCUACCUGCUCUUGAAGUCGGUGUACGUGCUCACUGGGACAGAUUCGGAGACUCUGGGCAGAGUUGCUGAAUCUGGGCUCCCAGCCCUGCUUCUACAGUGCCUUUAUCUCUUCUUUGUCUUUCCUCUGGAGAAGGAUGAGCUCUUUGAGAGUGAUGCUCCAGUUCAGAGGAUGUUUGUGCAGAUGUUGCUCAACCUUUGCAGUGACGCUCAGGGUCUGGAGGGACUUCUCUCAGGAAAUGAGCUCCAGUCUCUUGUGAUUGCCACCACCUGUCUCCGAGAGCACAGCUGCUCCUUUUGGAAGGAGCCCACCUACUGUGUCCUGAAGGCAAUCUCCAAGGCCCAGAACCUCAGCAUCUUCCAAUACCUGCAGGCCAUGGAUUGCAUCAAGAUCUCCCUCCAGAACCUCUCCCGGCUUGCAGACACUCUCCCCGCCCCCGAGGUGAGCGAGGCGGUGAGCCUGAUCUUGGGCUUUGUGAAGGACUCCUACCCCGUCUCUUCAGCCCUGUUCCUGGAGUUUGAGAACGGGGAGGGCUACCCGCUGCUACUCAAAGUGUUACUUCGGUAUGAUGAGCUGACCCAGAGUGAUGGGGACCCCCACCUGGAGGAGCUCCUCGGGCUGGUGGUAUGGCUGACAACCUGUGGAAGGUCCGAGCUGAAGGUGUUCGACAGCGUCACGUACCCACAGCUGGAAGGUUUCAAGUUCCACCACGAAACUUCUGGGGUGACCGUAAAGAACCUUCAGGCCUUCCAAGUCUUGCAGAAUGUUUUCCACAAAGCUAGCAACCCCGUCCUCUGCACCAAAGUCCUGUUAUCCAUCAAGACCAUGUGGACCUGGAAUGCUCGCAACUUCUUUCUGCUGGAGUGGACCCUGCAGCCCAUCUCGCAGUUUGUGGAGAUUGUGCAUCUGAAGCCAACCCCAGUGCAGGUGCACUUCUUCCAGCUGCUGGAGGCCCUGGUGUUUGAGAUGCAUUACGUGCCCCAUGAGAUCCUGCGGAAGGUGCAGCGCCUGAUCAAGGAGAGCCCAGAGCCACUCUGCACCCUCGUGGCCCUGCAGAGUGUCCUCAGAAUAGCUGGCGCAGAUCCGCUCUUCACUGACAUCUUCCGGGACUCGGGGCUCCUGGGCCUGCUGCUCGCCCAGCUGCGGAAGCAGGCCAAGAUCCUGAGGAAGUCAGCAGGAAACAAAGAGUCCAAUCCUGGAGUUCAGGACACAGAAAGAGAACUGACUUGUGUGAUGCUAAGAACCGUGGUCACGCUUCUGAAAGGGUCGGUUCGGAACGCAGUUGUCCUGAAAGACCAUGGCAUGGUGCCCUUCAUCAAGAUCUUCCUGGAUGAUGAGUGCUACCGGGGAGCCUCGCUCAGCAUCUUGGAGCAGCUGUCAGUCAUCAACGCUGAGGAGUACAUGAGCAUCAUUGUGGGUGCUUUGUGCUCAUCCACUCAAGGGGAACUGCCGCUGAAACUGGAUCUCCUGAAGUCUGUACUCCGGAUUCUGGAGACCCCCAAAGGCCGUGCUGCUUUCAGAGUCUCCAGUGGGUUCAAUGGGCUGCUGUCCCUGCUCUCUGACCUAGAGGGGUCUCUCCAGGACCCUCCACUGCAGACAUGGUCGGUGGUGUCUCCCAGCCAGACCUUGGACCUGGUCCUGCACACACUCUGUGCCCUGUCUGCGGCGCUGCACCUGGACCCGGUCAACGGUGACUUCUUCAGGAGGAACGGACUCUUUGAGAAGCUGGCCGAGGACCUCUGCUUGCUGGGCUGUUUUGGGGUCCUGGAGGAAGAGGGCGCCCCUCUGCAGUCCUGGGAGGACAUGAAGGCCAGGCCAUUUGCUGAUUUGCUGAGUGUGGCCUUUUCUUCUGCCAGCCCACUCCCACCCAAGAUACAGAGCUGCCUCCAGAUCCUCAGCUUUCUGGACAGCAUGGCCCGAGGUACCCUCCACCUGCGCAGUGACCUGAAAGACUCCCCCAGAGCCAGGCAGGAGCUGGUUGUGGAUGCCCAGAGGGGAGAAGCCAGCAGUGACCCCCAGGGAAACUUCAAGCAGUGGCCGGACCUGGAGGACAGGGUGGAUGACGGCGACGCAGUGAUCAUGCACCCCGGGGUCCUGUGCAUCAUGGUCAGCCUGCUGCCGCGAUUGUACCAUGAAGAUCACCCUCAGCUUUCCGAGGAGAUCCAGUGCUCCUUGGCCAGUCACAUCCAGUCCCUGGUGAAGUCAGAGAAGAACCGUCAGGUCAUGUGUGAGGCAGGGAUGCUCAGGACCCUCAUGACCUCCUGCCACAAGGUCCUGACCACCGGCAGCAGCCCCCUGCAGUCGGGUCUCAUCAGGAUUUUUGAAAAGCUUGCUUCCCAAGCCAUCGAACCGGACGUGCUAAGACAGUUUCUAGGUCUUGGAAUCCCCCCACCUCCCUCGGCCGCAGCGAAAAUUCUCAAUUCAUCUCAUGUGCACAGCGGGGACUCCAGGUGCUCAGGGUCGCCGGCGGCAGCCCCAGUGCCUGCUGAGGGUCCUGCGGCGGCUGCCCAGGAUGCCAGCCCCUGCCCAGUGGUCACACAGGCCAGCAGGCCCUCGAGGCCAUCCCAGGGCUCCACCACUGCCCUUCAGACGGCACUGAGCCUCAUUUCCAUGACCUCCCCGCGCAACCUGCAGCCUCAGAGGGCGGCCCUGGCUCCGUCGUUCGUGGAAUUUGACAUGUCUGUGGAAGGUUAUGGCUGUUUGUUUAUUCCAACCCUGUCCACGGUGAUGGGAACCAGCACCGAGUACUCGAUCUCCGGAGGAAUUGGGACAGGCGCUGCCAGGUCCUUCCCUCCACCCGGGGGCCUGACCUUCUCCUGCUGGUUCCUGAUCAGCAGGCAUGGUGCCGUCUCGGAGGGCCACCCCCUGCGCUUCCUGACCCUGGUGCGCCACCUGGCGCGGACUGAGCAGCCCUUCGUCUGCUUCUCCAUCAGCCUCUGCCCGGAUGACCUCUCCCUGGUUGUGUCUACAGAAGAGAAAGAGUUUCAGCCCUUGGAUGUCAUGGAACCCGAGGAUGACUCCGAGCCUUCUGCGGGCUGCCAGCUUCGGGUCAGAUGUGGCCAGCUGCUGGCUUGUGGUCAGUGGCACCACCUGACUGUGGUUGUCACCAAGGAGAUGAAAAGGAACUGUGUGGUUUCCACCUACCUAGACGGACAGGUCAUUGGCUCAGCCAAGAUGUUGUACAUUCAGGCCUUACCAGGACCCUUCCUUUCAAUGGAUCCAUCCUCCUUUGUGGAUGUUUAUGGGUACAUUGCUACCCCUCGAGUUUGGAAACAGAAGUCAUCAUUGAUAUGGCGUCUGGGCCCCGCGUACCUCUUUGAAGAAGCCAUCUCGGUGGAAACCCUGGAAGUUAUUAACAAACUUGGCCCAAGAUACUGCGGUAACUUCCAAGCUGUGCUUGACCAAGGAGAGGAUCCUGGGAUGGAAGUGACGCCCCUGGUUGCAGAGGAAAGGGUUUCCUUCAGCCUUCACAUAGCCAGCUCCUCCGUCACCAGUGCUGCUGACAUCAGAACCACGUACAAUGAGGUGGACAGCCGCCUGAUUGCUAAAGAGAUGAACAUUUCGUCCCGCGACAAUGCCACGCCUGUGUUCUUGCUAAGAAAUUGUGCUGGUCACCUCUCCGGGUCUCUUCGAACCAUCGGAGCCGUGGCUGUGGGCCAGCUAGGGGUAAGGGUGUUCCACUCCAGCCCUGCGGCCAGCAGCCUGGACUUCAUUGGUGGGCCCGCCAUCCUCCUGGGUCUCAUUUCCUUAGCGACGGAUGACCACACCAUGUACGCCGCUGUGAAAGUCCUGCACUCAGUCCUGACCAGCAACGUCAUGUGUGACCGCCUGAUGCAGCACAUCUGUGGGUACAAGAUAAUGGCGUUUCUCUUGAGGAAGAAGACCUCUUUCCUAAACCAUCGCAUCUUUCAGCUGAUCCUGUCCAUCGCUGGCACUGCAGAACUGGGUUUUGGGUCGUCUGUGAUCACCAACGUGGGCGUCUUCCAGCACAUCCUCUGCAAUUUUGAGCUCUGGAUGAACACUGCGGACAACUUGGAGCUCUCCCUCUUUUCCCAUCUUGUGGAAAUACUUCAGUCACCAAGGGACGGACCCCGGAAUGCUGAAGUUGCUCACCAGACACGGCUUAUUCCCAAGCUCAUCUUCCUCUUCAAUGAGCCGGGCCUCACCCCCUCCAAGAUGCCCACCAUCAUUGCCAUCCUAGGCCGUCAGCUGCGGGGCCACUUCAGCCUCCAGGACUUGCUCAGGAUCGGGCUGUUUGUUGUGUACACCCUCAAGCCUUCAUCAGUGAGCGAGAGGCCAAUCUGCGUGGACGGAGCCCCAGACCCCUCCGUGCCCGCUGGAAGCCAAACAUCUGGAAAGACAAUCUGGCUCAGAAACCAGUUGCUGGAGAUGCUGCUCAGUGUAAUCUCUUCUUCCCAACUUCAUCUGUCCUCUGAGACAAAGGAAGAGAUGUUUCUGAACCUGGGGCCCGACUGGUUCCUGCUGUUCGUGCAGGCCCACGUGCACCCCAGCUCGGUGGUGCUGGGGCUGAAGCUGCUGCUGCACUUUUUGUCAAGCCCCUCCCUCCGCGCACGAUUUAAAGACGGCCUGCCUGCCGGGUCCUGGGUGGAGCGCAGCUCCGAGGGCGUGGACAUCAUGAUGGAGAGCCUGCGGAGCCACCCUCCCGUGCCCGACCAGAGCCCCUGCCUGCUUCCUGGCUUCCGAGUCUUGAGCGACUCUCUGGCCCACCACGUUCAUAUCCCGGAAGUCUACCUCGUCGUGUCCACCUUCUUCCUACAGACGCCUCUUACGGAGCUGGUGGACGGGCCCAAAGACAGCCUGGACGCCAUGCUGCAAUGGCUCUUGCAUAAGCACCACAAGGAAGAGGUCCUCCGGGCCGGGCUGUGCACGGAAGGUGCCCUGCUGCUCCUGGAGAUGCUGAAAGCCACCAUGAGCCAGCCCUCGACAGGUUCUGGAGACGGCGCGUGGGAGCGGACCUUCCCGGCCAGCGUGCUGCAGUUCCUCGGCCUCGUGCACAGCGCCUACCCCCAGGAUCCGGCCUGGCGUGCCCCGGAGUUCCUCCAGACCCUGGCCGCAGUCGCCUUCCCCCUGGGAGCCCCUAAGGGGGCUGUGACUGAGCCUGCCCAGAACGCUCCCAGUCCCGGGGCUGCGGCUGAAGGCAGCAGCGCUGCGGAGGGUCUCCAGGCUCCUGCCGAGUCACAUCCCACGCGGAAGCAGCUGAGGGAGUUCAUGCAUCUGCUCUUGAAGGAGCUCUUGCUCAUGGCUCCCAACCCUAAGCAGUGGCUGCCACUGGAGGUGCUCCUGGAGGCUUGUCCAGACAAUGCCACCAGCCAACAGAAGCAAGACUUCCAGUCUGAGGUCCUGCUUUCCACCAUGGAAAUAUUCCACGUGGUGAGUGGAGGCCACACACCGAGGCUCAGAGGCAGCAGAGAGCCUCCGCCGAAUGCAGAAGCUGCCACUGCUCCUUCACUUGCCAGCAUCUCCCACUUUACCCAGAAGCUGGUGGAGAAGCUGUACAGCGGGAUGUUCUCAGCAGACCCCAGACACAUCCUUCUCUUCAUCACGGAGCACAUCAUGGUGGUCAUCGAGAACGCCUCUUCUCAGAGGGACACUGUCAUCAGUGCUUUAUACAGCAGUUUAAACAAAGUCAUUCUUUAUUGCCUCUCCAAGCCCCAGCAGUCCCUCUCCGAAUGCCUCAGCCUUCUCACCAUCCUGGGCUUUCUACAGGAACACUGGGACAUUGUCUUUGCCACAUAUAAUUCCAACGCCAGCUUCUUCCUAUGCCUCAUGCAUUGUCUUCUGCUGCUCAGUGCGAGAAGUUAUCCAGAAGGAUUUGGAUUGGAACCCAAGCCCAGAAUGACUCCUUAUCACCAAGUCUUUCUUCCAAAUGAAGAAGUGAGAGAAAGACCAGGGGAAGACUUCCCAAGUUUGACCGAUGUCCAGCACAACAUCCAGAAGACAGUGCGGACCCUCUGGCAGCAGCUCGUGGCCCAGAGGCGGCAGGAGCUGGAGGACACCUUCAAGAUUGAUCUCUCUGUGAAACCUGGGGACAGCGAAGUGAAGAUUGAAGAGGUCACGCCACUCUGGGAGGAGACGAUGCUCAAGGCCUGGCAGCACUAUCUAGCAUCUGAAAAGAAGUCCCUGAGCAGUCGCUCGACUGUCGGACACUACAGAAAGGUCUCUUCAUGGAGCGGAAGCUUGUCCUCAGCCAUGAGGCUGAUGCCUGGAAGGCAGACCAAGGACCCUGAGUGCAAAGCAGAGGAUUUUGUGUCAUGUAUUGAGAACUAUAGACGAAGAGGUCAGGAACUCUAUGCAUCCCUAUACAAAGAUCACGUACAGAGGCGGAGAUGUGACAACAUCAAGGCAGCCACUGCCUGGGCCAGGAUCCAGGAGCAGCUUUUUGGGGAGUUGGGCUUGUGGAGCCAGAUGGCAGUAGCCACACCCUGCUCCCAGUGGGAACUGGACUGGCGAGAAGGGCCGGCUCGCAUGAGGAAGCGCAUCCGACGCUUGUCCCUGCUGGAGACCCGGCGCCGAGAAAGGCUCAAGGAAAGCCAAGACAGAAAUGGUGCUAUGUCUCAAAUGAAUGCUGAAAACCAAGACGAGCUGACAGCUAAGGAGGCUGAGAGCGAGGGAGAAGAGGCGACAGACUGCACCCAGCUGACCUUCUUCCCGGCCUUACACGAAAGUCUGCACUCCGAAGAUUUCCUGGAGCUGUGCCGGGAAAGACAAGUCAUUUUACAGGAGCUUCUGGAUCAUGAAAAGGUGACACAGAAGUACUCUCUGGUGAUCGUGCAGGGCCAUCUGGUCUGCGAAGGGCUCCUGCUCUUUGGCCAACAACACUUCUACGUCUGCGAGAACUUCACGCUCUCUCCUGUGGGUGACGUCUAUUGCACCCGCCACUGCUUAUCCAACAUCAGCGAUCCGUUCAUCUUCAACAUGUGCAGCAAAGAUAGGUCCUCCGACCACUACUCAUGCCAGCGCCACAGCUACAGUGACCUCAGGGAGCUCCGGCAAGCUCGCUUCCUCCUGCAGGACAUCGCCCUGGAGAUCUUUUUUCAAAAUGGAUAUUCCAAGUUUCUUGUCUUCCACAACAGUGAUCGGAGUAAGGUCUUUAAAAGCUUCUGCUCCUUCCAACCCAGCUUGAAGGGAAAAAGCUUCACGGAGGACCCGCUCAAUCUAAGGAGAUACCCUGGCUUCGACAGGACCAUGCUGCAGAAGUGGCAGAAAAGGGACAUCAGCAAUUUUGAGUAUCUCAUGCACCUCAACACCCUGGCCGGGAGGACCUACAAUGACUACAUGCAGUAUCCAGUGUUCCCCUGGGUCCUGGCCGACUACACCUCACAGACAUUGAACUUGACGAAUCCCAAGACUUUCCGGGAUCUUUCGAAGCCCAUGGGGGCUCAGACCAAGGAAAGGAAGCUGAAAUUCAUCCAGAGGUUUAAAGAAGUUGAGAAGACUGAAGGAGACAUGACUGUCCAGUGCCACUACUGCACCCACUACUCCUCGGCCAUCAUUGUCGCCUCCUACCUGGUCCGGAUGCCGCCCUUCACCCAGGCCUUCUGCUCUCUGCAGGGUGGAAGCUUCGACGUGGCAGAUAGAAUGUUCCACAGCGUGAAGAACGCGUGGGAGUCGGCCUCCAGGGAGAACAUGAGUGACGUCAGGGAGCUGGUCCCAGAGUUCUUCUACCUGCCCGACUUCCUGACCAACUGCAACGCCGUGGAGUUCGGCCGUAUGCAGGACGGGACAGCGCUGGGGGACGUGCAGCUCCCUCCCUGGGCUGAUGGGGACCCUCGGAAGUUCAUCAGCCUGCACAGACAGGCUUUGGAAAGUGACUUUGUUAGUGCCAACCUCCACCACUGGAUAGACCUCAUUUUUGGCUACAAGCAGCAGGGGUCAGCCGCAGUGGAGGCUGUUAACACCUUCCACCCCUACUUCUACGGUGACAGAAUGGACCUCAGCAGCAUCAGUGACCCCCUGAUCAGGAACACCAUCCUGGGGUUUGUCAGCAACUUUGGGCAGGUGCCCAAGCAGCUCUUUACUAAACCCCACCCGGCCAGGACCGCUGCCGGGAAGCCUUCCCCUGCAAAGGAUGUCUCCACGCCUGCGAGCCUGCCUGGCCACCCACUGCCCUUUUUCUACUGCCUGCAGUCACUGAGGCCCUCCCAGGUCACAGUCAAAGAUAUGUACCUCUUCUCUCUAGGCUCGGAAUCCCCCAAAGGGGCCAUCGGCCACAUCGUCCCCACGGAGAAGGCCAUCCUGGCCGUGGAGACAAACAAGCUGCUGCUGCCUCCUCACUGGAGCAGGACCUUCAGCUGGGGCUUCGACGACUUCAGCUGCUGCCUGGGGAGCUACGGCUCGGACAAGAUCCUGAUGACGUUCGAAAACUUGGCCGUCUGGGGCCGCUGUCUGUGUGCCGUGUGCCCCUGCCCCACGAUGAUUGUCACCUCCGGGACCAGUGCCGUGGUGUGUGUGUGGGAGCUCAGCAUGGCCAAAGGCCGCCCCACAGGCCUGCACCUCAAGCAGGCCCUGUAUGGACACACCCAGGCUGUCACAUGCCUGGCAGCAUCAGUCGCCUUCAACCUCCUGGUGAGUGGCUCCCAAGACUGCACCUGCACCCUGUGGGACCUGGACCACCUCACGCACGUAGCCCGCCUGCCCACCCACAGGGAGGGCGUGUCUGCCGUUGCCAUCAGCGACGUCUCGGGCACCAUCGUCUCCUGUGCUGGAGCCCACUUGUCCCUGUGGAACGUCAACGGACAGCCCCUGGCCAGCAUUACCACGGCCUGGGGCCCAGAAGGAGCCAUCACCUGCUGCUGCGUGGUGGAGGGGCCAGCGUGGGACACGAGCCAUGUCAUCAUCACUGGGAGUCAAGACGGCAUGGUGCGGAUUUGGAAGACGGAGGACGUGAAGAUGUCUGUUCCCGGGCAGGCAGCGACCGAGGAACCCUGGGCUCUGCCUCCAAGCCCGAGAGGUCACAGGUGGGAGAAGAACCUCGCCCUUUGCAGAGAGCUGGAUGUCAGCGUUGCUUUGACAGGGAAGCCCGGCAAGACCAGCUCUGCGGUGACGGCUCUGGCCGUGUCCAGAAACCAGACCAAACUCCUGGUCGGCGACGAGAAGGGGAGAAUAUUCUGCUGGUCUGCAGAGGGGUAGGAAGAGAGAGCCAAUGGAGGUCCUGGCACGGCAGCUGGGUGCCCCAAGGGGCAGCAGCACCAGGUGGAAGACGGGGAAGCAGAGCCUGAGGCAGAAAGGAAACCCCCAGGGCCUCCCUUCCUCCUGGUCCCCGAGGACGGGGUGGCUGGCCACCAGAGCCCCACACCUGGAGCCCCCUCUAUGGCCGUAGGACUUGACCUUGGCGCUGCACAAGGAUGCGCUUCUACAAAACCGAUCUGUGCGCGCACCCGGGGCCUGCGAACAGCGUGCUGGAAACCAUGGCUUACAGGUGCCCACGGGCACACAAAAUCACAUGACUCAUCUUUCUGAGGGCUUGUUGCACUGAAAAAACAUUGAGUGGCUUACUGGAAACUAAUGGGAAGGCCUAGGUUGUCUUUAUUUUAUUAAAACAACUGUUUUCCAAAUGCAA